UAUAUAUAUAUAGCUAGAUUAUUAAGGGAGAUCAAAUUAAAGAGAAAAAAAUAAUGGAGGGUGAUGAGAUUGAGGUGCCCAAGUAUUUCUUGUGUCCGAUAUCGCUUCAGAUCAUGGCGGAUCCGGUGACGGCGGUGACAGGAAUAACGUACGACCGGGAGAGCAUCCAGCAGUGGCUGUCCAGGGCGGAGGAAGCUACGUGUCCGGUGACGAAACAGGCGUUGCCGAGGGACGCGGAGUUGACUCCCAACCACAUGCUCCGCCGCCUGAUUCAAGCCUGGUGCAUUGCCAACACCGGGAAGGGGAUCGACCGCAUUCCGACCCCCAAGUCGCCGCUGCUCAAGUCUCAGGUGCUGAAGCUCAUCCGCGAGACCAAGAAGCCCACGUUCAUGGCGGCGCUGGGGAAACUGGAUUCGCUGGCGAAGGAGGAGGAUGAGAAGAACAGGAAGUGUAUGGGAGAAGCCGGGGUGGUUAAAGCCAUGGUUUUGUUGGUUUUGAGGUGUUUUAAGGAUGGGAGAGUUGAAGGGGUUGAAGAGGGGUUUAGGGUUUUGUGUAACGUGUGGUUAUGGAGUCCCAUAAACAAGGAGGUGGUGGAGGAAAACCACCAUGAUCUUAUCCAAGCAAUUUUCUGGGUUUUGGGGAGUGAAAACUUUGGGAAUUUGGCAAAAACCCAUGCAAUAAUGGCCUUAAAAAGGGUCUCAUCAGUAUCAGUAUCAGAAGUUACGAGUUCUAUUCUUCUCGAGAAAUUAACCCCAGAAAACUUCCAACAACUAAUAAGUCUCUUGAGAACCAAGAAGAUCUCUCCACAAGCCACAAAAGCCUCCCUCCAAGUCCUCAUCGAAGCUUCCCAAUGGGGGAGAAACAAGGUGAAGAUAAUUGAAUCCAACGCCAUUUCAGAGCUCUUGGAACUGGAACUAAGCAACCCAGAAAAGAGGGUAACGGAGCUAACAUUCCAGCUGUUGGCCAGCCUAUGCUCCAUCGCAGACGGGAGACAAGAGCUGCUGAAACACGCGGCGGCGAUCGCCGUGAUCUCGAAGCGGACGCUGAGGGUGUCGGCGGCGACGGACGAGAGCGCGGUGCAGAUUCUGGCGAUGAUCGCAAAAUGGUCGGCGACGAGAGAGGUGGUGCAGGAAAUGUUGAGGGUGGGGGCGGUGUCAAAGCUUUGCAUGCUUCUUCAAGCUGUGUGCCAAGUGCAUUUGAAGAAGAAAGCGAGGGAGAUAUUGAGGUUACACUCUACAGCUUGGAGCAACUCUCCUUGUAUACAAAUUUAUCUCUUAACCAUGAAUGCUAGGUAGUAUUUUUUUUUUAUUUUAUUUAUAAAUAAUAUAUGUUCCAAUUAACAAAUUACAAAAUCUUCUUUUAUUUUCUUCCUUGGAAAUUUAUAUAUAUACUAUGCUUAUGCUCGAAAAGUAGAGUUGUAUCUCUUAUUUUGUAAACAAUGCAAGAGAUGAUGAGUAUAUUA